AUGAAUGCUGCAAAGUCAAAGUCUGUCACUGUAAGAGUAGCGGAGAAGCGCGAAAGAGGGGAACCGAAGUCUAAGUAUAAUGAACCAUCUAAAGGUCCUGCUCCCGGAGAAUUAGCAGAUAGACUCGGAGAUAGCCACGUCAAUAUUUUACCUAGGAAACAGCUUGUCGUUGUGUUACUUUCCAUCUCCAUGGGGAUGUUCAUUGCCUUUGCCGAUCAAACGGCUGUUACCGUUGGCUUAGAUGAAAUUGGAAGAGAGCUAAAUUCUCAAAGCACAAUUAAUUGGGCUGGGACAUCUUCACUUUUAGCUAAUACGGUCUGCCAGGUUUUAUUUGGUAGAUUGUCUGACAUUGUUGGGAGGAAGAAUGUAUUCAUUGGUAGUUUAGUUGUUUUGGGAAUAGCAGACUUGGCCUGUGGAUUUGCUCAAACGGGACCACAAUUUUAUGUGUUUAGAGCGUUUGCUGGUAUUGGGCAAGGUGGGAUCUCAUCGCUAGCUAUGGUGAUAAUGAGUGAUGUAGUUACCUUGAAGCAGAGAGGUAAAUACCAGGGAAUCUUAGGAACUAGUGUAGGUAUUGGUAACUCAGUUGGACCAUUUAUUAUGGCUGCAUUUAUUUCUGAUAACAAGCAUUGGAGAUAUUUUUAUCACGUUUUUGCACCCAUUAUUAUCAUGAUCGCGGUUGCAAUUUACUUUUUGUUACCAGGAAAGCCCAAGUCCUCAUGUGAAGUGCUCACUCCAUUGGAAAAGUUAAAGAAGAUAGAUUACCUUGGAAUCAUAACUGCCACUUCUGCUUUGACUUUGAUACUAAUUCCUUUAAGCGGUGGUGGAUCCACUUAUCCAUGGGACAGCCCCAUUGUUAUUUCUAUGUUUAUUGUUGGUGGUGUCUUGCUAUUCUCGUUUUUAAUUAUAGAAUGGAAAGUUCCGGAGCUUCCAAUGAUACCAUUGCGGUUAUUUUUGAACCCACUGUUGUGUUUAAUUCUUGGAUCUAAUUUCUUUUUUGGAAUGGUUUACUAUUCAUUCUUAUUUUACAUCCCAUACUACUUCCAGAUCGUCAGAGGUAAGGAUGAGGUGAUUUCAUCAGUAUUCUUACUACCAAUAGUAUUAACGCAAGCAGGUAUGUCCACAGUGCUGGGAAACAUCAUUUCAUACACUGGUCACUAUAUUUACACUGUAUUAUUUGGAUACACUUUCUGGACACUUGGCUGUGGAUUGCUAUUAGUCUGGGAUGAGCACACCAACUAUGGAACAUGUGUUGUCAUCCUCUUGAUUAUUGGAAUUGGAAUUGGAAGUACAUUCCAGCCAACAAUGGUCGCCGCACAAGCACAAGCUAAGAAAGCAGAUAGAGCGGUUGUGAUCUCCACCAGAAAUGUUCUUAGAUCUUUUGGCGGAGCAGUAGGAAUUGCAAUUGCAUCAACAAUGAUAAGUAACUCACUUCUAAAGGAAAUCGGCACUAUUGAACUGGACCCUUCGACAUAUUCCGAUAUUCCCCAGAGCUAUUUGGACGAAUUAAAGGAAAACAUCUUUAGUAAAAUCGAUGUUAGCUACUUAAACGCUGAUCAGGCCAGCGAGAUCCGCCAUAUUUAUAUGCUGUCCAUUCAGAAUUACUUUUAUUUAUUGGUCCCAUUCAUUGCAGUAUGUUUGAUCAGUUCCUUUUUCAUUAGAGAUAGAGGCUUGCAGUGUCUUGACGAAACACCGGAAGAUCAAAUUCACAAAGAGGCCCUUUCUGUUAGAACUUCGAGGACUGACUUUUCAACAGAUGUGGAGUCAAACAAUGACCACGAGGGGGCUAGAGGGGAACCAAGAGAAGUACACCAAGUCUAG